ACCCGGAAGUGUCGGCCGCGGGGACCCGUAUGCAGCCGCCAUGAGCUGGAUUCCAUUCAAAAUCGGGCAGCCCAAGAAACAGAUUAUUCCCAAAACGGUGGAGAGAGACUUUGAAAGAGAAUAUGGAAAACUCCAACAGCUAGAAGAUCAGACCAAGAAGUUGCAGAAGGACAUGAAGAAGAGCACCGACGCUGACCUCGCAAUGUCCAAGUCAGCUGUGAAGAUCUCUUCGGAUCUGCUGUCCAAUCCUCUCUGUGAGCAAGAUGAAGAGUUUUUGGACAUGGUGACGGCCUUAGACACAGCCAUGAAGCGGAUGGACUCUUUUAAUCAGGAAAAGGUGAAUCAGAUCCAGAGGACGGUGAUUGAGCCCUUAAAAAAGUUCGGCAGCGUUUUCCCCAGCCUCAAUAUGGCAGUAAAGAGGCGGGAGCAGGCCCUGCAGGACUACAAGCGGUUGCAGUCGAAGGUGGAGAAGUACGAGGAGAAGGAGAAGACGGGCCCGGUGCUGGCCAAACUCCACCAGGCUCGGGAGGAGUUGAGGCCGGUGAAGGACGACUUUGAAGCGAAGAACAAGCAGCUCCUGGAAGAGAUGCCCCGCUUCUACAGCAGCCGUCUCGAUUACUUCCAGCCCAGCUUCGAGUCCCUGAUCCGGGCCCAGGUGGUGUACUACACCGAGAUGCACAAGAUCUUCGGGGACCUGACCGAACAACUGGACCGGCCGGGCCAGACGGACGAGCAGCGGGAAAGGGAGAACGAGGCCAAGCUGAGCGAGCUCCGAGCCCUCUCCAUCGUGGCUGACGACUGAACUCCGGCUCUUCUCGGGACGUCGGCAACUCGGGCAGGGCCCGGCCCGCCCUCAUUCCCCGCUCCCACCCGGGCCUCGAGAUUCAGUUCAGCUAGCUCUGUGGCGGAGGAGGAUUGUAUGCAGAAGGCAGUGAGGGCAGCCGAUGCCCCAACAACCCUCUUCCCACUGAGCCGCAAGUUGGGCUCGUUGCAGCGUCUCCCCGCCGUUCCCAGGGUCCAGAAGGACGCUAAACAGAACUGUCUGGCUGGGCCGGCUUCUCGCUCAGCUGCCGAAUCAGGGUGAGUAAGUGUGGUGGUAGGAGUGGUGGAGUUUUUAUUUUCCAAAGAGCCAUCUAACGUGAAACAUUUUAUAAACACAAGCGUUUCCCAGUCUAA